UUUGGAAGUGACUCUGGAUAUGUUGAAAGGCACGUAAGAAUGGAUGGGAUUAUUAGCGUUUUAGGGCUCUUGGCGCUCGUGUUGGAGGGCAUCGCGUGUCAGGGAGUGUAUGCACCUCCUACCGUUCGCAUCGUGCACUCAGGACAUGCAUGUAACGUGGAAGAAGAGCGUUACUCGGAGCGAGUAUACACCAUCCGAGAGGGAGAGACCCUUGAACUCACCUGCCUGGUCACUGGACAUCCACGACCACAGAUUCGAUGGACCAAGACAGCGGGCAGCGUUUCCGAUCGGUUUCAAGACUCCAGUGUGUUUAACGAAACGCUUCAUAUCACAAAGAUCCAGAGACAUCAGGGUGGACGAUAUUACUGCAAAGCCGAGAACGGACUGGGUUCACCUGCCAUUAAAUCCAUUAGAGUGGAUGUCUACUAUCUUGAUGAUCCGGUGGUGACGGUACAUCAGAGUAUCGGUGAAGCUAAAGAACAGUUCUACUACGAGCGGACGGUUUUUCUGCGAUGUGUCGCCAACUCCAACCCUCCCGUACGUUAUAGCUGGCACCGCGGGCGAGAUGUUCUCUCACAGGGCUCUGAUAAAGGUGUCGAGAUCUACGAACCCUUCUUUACCCAGUUGCAGGGGGAAACGAAGAUCCUGAAGCUGAAGAACUUGAGACCCAAAGAUUACGCCAACUACAGCUGCAUCGCCUCCGUCAGGAACGUGUGCGGCAUCGGUGACCGAAGAGUCGUCUUCAGACUCACUAAUAGAACAGCUUCUCCGUCCAUCAAGCUGUUGGUGGAAGAUCCGAUCGUGGUGAAUCCCGGGCAGACGGUGUCGCUGGUGUGCAUCACGACGGGCGGAGAGCCUGCGCCAACCCUCACCUGGUCCAUCAGCUCGGGCGCUCUACCUGUGAAGAGUGUGGUGAAGGACGGCACCCUCACCCUGCCCGCCAUAUCCUCAGAGGACGCCGGCAUCUAUAGCUGUGUGGCCAGCAAUAACGUGGGCAACCCGGCGAAAAAAUCCACAACCAUCAUCGUUAGAGCACUGAAAAAGGGUCGUUUCUGGAUCACGCCAGACCCGUACCACAAUGACGACAACAUCCAGAUCGGGCGCGAGGUGAAGGUCUCGUGUCAGGUUGAGGCCACGCCCCCUGAGGAGCUGCAGUUCAGCUGGUUGAAGAACGGCCGUGCGCUGCGGAGCUCCGAGCGGAUGGUCAUCACGCAGACCGAUCCGGACAUCUCGCCCGGCACCACCAACCUUGACAUCAUCGACCUGAAAUUCACUGACUUCGGCACGUACACGUGCAUGGCGUCGCUGCGAGGGGGUGGGAUUCCAGAGAUCAGCAUCGACGUCAACAUCUCAUCCACCACUGUUCCUCCAAACCUCACCGUGCCGCGGGGCAAAUCUCCGCUGGUGGCACGCGAGGGUGAGACUGUGGACUUGGAGUGCCUUGUUUCAGGGAAACCCAAACCCAUCAUCCUGUGGUCGCGCGCUGAUAAGGAGGUGCCGAUGCCCGACGGCAGCAUGCAGAUGGAGAGUUACGACGGCGGGCUGCGCAUCGUGAACGUGUCGCGCGAGAUGAGCGGAUCUUACCGCUGUCAGACCAGCCAGUACAACGGCUUCAACGUCAAGCCCAGAGAAGCCAUCGUCGAGCUCAUCGUGCAAUAUCCGCCAGCGGUGGAGCCCGUUUGGCAGGAGGUCAGGCAGGGUUUGGGUCGGCCAGUGGUGAUGAACUGUCGCGUUCUGCGGGCGCAUCCGUCACGCGUACUGCGCUACGAGUGGAGGCUGGGCUCGCGACUGCUGCACGCCGGACACUUCGACUCGCGAGAUGAUACGGACUACACUGUGCGCAGCCUAAUGCGAGAGGGCUAUGGCGAGUACACCUGUGACAUCAUCAAUGAGGCGGGACCAGGACGCUGCACCUUCCUGGUGACUGGUAAAGCGUACGCUCCUGAGUUUUACUACGACACCUACAGUCCGCUGUGGCAGAACAGACCGCGUGUUUACGGAUAUAAGUUACAGUGGACACAGAUGAAUCCAAACGCUGUGGAUCGCAUCAUGGCGUACCGCCUCGGCAUACGACAGACGGGGCAACAGCGCUGGUGGGAGCAGGAGAUUCCAGUGGACGGCAACAUUCAGAAAGGAGAACUGAUCACACACAACCUCACUGAGCUCAUCAGACCUGAAGCUUACGUCAUACGACUGACGCCCAUCACACGUUUCGGAGAGGGAGAUUCCACCACCAGAAUCGUCACGUAUAGUGCUCCCAUCAACCCUCAUCUGAGGGAGUUUCAUUGUAGCUUUGAAGAGGAGUCCAUUUGCAUGUUCACUCAAGACCAGAACGAUGACUUUGAUUGGACGAGACACAGCGCGGCCACCCGUGACACUAAAUACACGCCAAACACGGGCCCCAGCGGUGAUCGUAGCGGCUCAAAACAGGGUUUCUAUAUGUACAUCGAGACAUCCAGACCUCGUAAACAGGGCGAUACGGCACGUCUGCUGAGCCCCACGUUUAAUGUCGCCCCUAAAAACCCCUACAGCAUCACCAGCCCGCCAGCAUACUGCUUCACAUUCUAUUAUCACAUGUAUGGCAAACAUAUCGGCACUCUGAAUGCGUUUGUGAAGCAGAAAGGUCAGUCCACUUCAGACGCUGGACCGGUCUGGUCUCUCAGCGGGAACCAAGGGGACCGAUGGAGACAGGCCAAAAUUAGUAUCCAUCCCAUUUCAUCUUUCCAGGUGAUAUUUGAGGGUAUUCGUGGUCCGGGCAUCGAGGGAGACAUCGCUGUUGAUGAUGUCACUCUUGAGGAGGGCGAAUGCCCCGACCCACCAUCCAAUCCUAUCAGAGGAACGGCUCCACACACAGUCUGCAGUAUAUGGCCGUUGUGCAUCACGCUAUUUUUUACGCUGUUGUUUCGUCAGAGGUGACGCUCCACAUGGGAGAAGACUCCAGAUGCGUCCCUUAACAAUUAAUCACCAAAGAUUCCUGCUUUUGGAUUGCUGAGGAGGCACACCACUCUCUCGACAUGGAAAACUAUCAUGAAACAAGUACAAACAGAAAAUUAAUAAAGAUUUGCUCACUUUUCUUUGAUAAAUAUCAUGCUCUGCCAACUGCGCUCUCAGGAGGAGAUUUGAGAGCAAUUUACUGACGGAGCGUCGGGCGCCAGCGGGCGUGUCUGGACCUGACUGAUGGUUUAAACGCUGACCUGGAAACAGUUUGAAAAGCACAAUGACAUCUUCAACAUCGGGGUGUAAAGAUUCAUCUAAAAGGAGGCAAGACCAGUGUUACGAAUCUGCUUCCUUCAUCGUCAAAUCUCUUCAGUUUUUCAUCUUGAUUCGUGCUCUUGGAAUACAAACCUUGUGUUUUUUCUCUUACAGUAUAUCUUGAUUUGUUCUUGGUAUAGUUUUAUUUUAUUUGGUGCUUUGCAUUGCAUAUAAACACAAAACCUCGUACAAUGUUGCUUUUUACCCCGACGUAAGUAGCAGCCUGAUUUCAAACACUGUGCACACGUUUCUGAGCCGCGGAGCGACAGGAAAACCUAGUGAAGGUGCAGUUACGUGAUGAGACCUGCGGGACAAUGCGGAAUAAUGACUAGAUCACUUCAGCUAUGUUCGUCGCCAUUGCCAACACCAGUGACAGAAUUUCUGUCAUUAAAAAAGAAGUGCCUUCCGGUUACAAAACGUUCCCCGCACCUGAACAUAAACACCAAACGUCAAUGUUUCUAACAUCACAGAUGGGCUAUUUUUUACGCAUUUAUAUCGCCCCCAUGUGCUGGAAUGCCAUAUUUGAACCUGGGAUUCCACGCAAAUGGACCACGUUGACUCCCAACGUGGAAAGGACGAUGCCGGGAGCGGUCCGAUGGUAGCCGCGGCCUUUAUCCGCGGUUUUGCACAUCAGGAAAAGACAUCAUACUGCUGUCGUCACAGAAUGUCGCAUCUACACACAGCAGCCUGCGAUUUGCUCUGACGUUCCUCUAAAGAGAAUCAAGUGAUAAUCCAUAACGGGACGCAAACGGGCUUUGGAACUAAACCAGAUUGCGCCUGAAAGGCCUGCAGAUCCCUACACACGUCAUUUAUAUACCGAACUAUGUGCAUUCUAAAAGAAAAACAAAAAAUAUUCAUAAUUAUAAUAAUAUUUUAUUACUCUAUACUGAAUGUGUCUCAGCUUUUACACAAACUGUGAAAAACGGGGACAGUAUCUACCUGAGCGCUUUUAAAAACAGUGUUGUAAAAAAAAAAGAUUUCCAUACGUUGUGUUCUGAAAAUGUUUUGACAAGCUGUGUCUCGUUUCUUCUUCUUUACGUUAAAAUGUUCCAACUUUACCGUCUGUAUUUGCGUUGUCUCCCUUGCAUUGCUGGAAAUGUCAAAACAGAUGGGAAAUUCUCCGACAACGCCGGUUCGGUAAUUGUACAGUUUGUAUAUGUAAAAAAAGCUCUGAUCAUUCAGAUUUAUAUGAGAUGUUUUAUGGACCAGUCGAUGAAGCACAACAUUUCAGAUUCAACCAUUAAAAAUGCCGUUUAAAAAAAAAAUCAGUAUAUGUGACGAUCCCCCUGCAAAAGUAUAUGAAGUCACGCAAGCUCACGCUGCUAAACAGUGCAGCACGUUUCUAACACUGUUUCUAGAUCAGAUGCAACCAGUGUUGCAUUGUGUCGAAUUUAAGCUGAACGUACCCUCAGAACAUCCGCUAACAAAGUCCAAACAGCCCUUUAGUAACAGUAAAAUAAAAAUAAAACUAGGGCUGGUGAUUUAAUGCAUUCAUUUAGUAUGUUAACCCUCCUAUUGUCUUAGGGACAUUUUUGACCAGGGAUUGCUGGAGAAUACAUUAUAAAUACGGCAACGUUUUUGGUACGUUGUGACUUUGUCAAGACCAUCAAACAAACAAAAUA